AGAUUUAACAUUUACCUGUUAGACCUUUACAUACCACGCCUCUUUAGCUGUACCAUAACCAUAGAUAAAGACGAGAGACCAUAACCUCAUAAUUUCCUUGAAAACUGGCGGCUAGACUGCAUGCUAAAUAUAUUUUCAAAAGUACUGUAUUUACAGCAUUAUUCGAUUUCCUACUGAAUUGAAUCUAUCUGGACAAUGCCUCUCGUCGCCCGUGAAAUAGAAGACAUCUUCACUUGUGAGGAGAAAGGAGUGAAAAAGCUGUUAUCAAGCAUACUGACGUUGAACCUCCAACAUGAGACCCAUGAAAAGGCCAUAGUUAGUGAAAUUAAUCGGCUGUUAUCAGUGGCAAAACGUCGCAAGGAGGGCUUGGAGUAUCUGAGCUUAAUUAUCAACAGCUGCAGCUCAGAUGCUGUGGCAGACAACGGCUUAAUUUGGAUAAACCACUGCAUUGUGAAAUUCCCUGAUGAUGUCUUAAGGGAGAUGAAACUACGAGUUUUAGGCCGCAUCAUUGAAGUGGCUCAUGAUCGAGGUGACUUUAACAAGAAGUUCGUGUCGGAUUACAUCUCAAAAGUAGUGGACAACUGUAUUACAACCUUGUAUGUGAAUAUUUACGAGUGCAAAACCGCACUGACCACUCUGGCUACAUGCAUGAAGUACUAUUUCAGCUGGUUUGGGCAGCAGAAGCCAAAAAUCGAGAAGUUUAUUCUGAUUUUCUUGGACUCCGAGGACAUAGAAUUAGUGGAAAAAGCUGCAAUAGCUUUGCACUACUUACAGAGUUGUGGUGCUGCUGGUGUUAGUGGAGUAAAUCACAAGACAAAUUUUACGCAAACCUUCCAUAAAUUAUGCAGAACCGCUCACCAGCUUUAUGACAAGUUUUUUGAAAAUGAAUCGGAAUAUUUCACUCCCGGUGAAUACGAGGGGGACGCAUUCGAAUUUGAGGACAAUCCAACGCAUAGCGUCCAGAGCGUUUUGCAUUCUACUGGCCGAAGAAUACUCAAUGUGUACAAGUUCAUUGAAAUUGCCAUUAAACUCAAGUAUCCAGUCGCAAAGGAAACCAGACCAAAUGAACUAUUGGCCCUGAUUCUAAGGGCUUUGUCAUUCCAUAAAUGCAUUAGCGGGAAUAAUGAGGUCCCACUACAAACUUAUCAGUUUUCCCUAGAACUUCUGGAGAUCCAGUGCGCGGCCUUAAAGCUACUAAGACUUUUUAUAAUUUGGUUCCAGUCCAACAGUUUGCCCUUUUCCUAUACAAUUUCCAAAACAAUUGUGGAUUCCAUCGAAAGAACUCAUAAUUGCAAUUGCUAUUUAAUCGACUGCCUGUAUUCUGAAGCAGCCUACCGAGCUCUUUAUGAAUGGAUUUCGAUAUCGAAAAGCUCGUUGCAUCCAAAUUUUCAAUCGCACAUACUGGAAUGUGUACUGUUAAGCAUAACUCCUGUAGCGCAGCAGGUAACAUUGACAAUAACCGAUGCUGCAACCGGAAAAAAAUCGCAGAAAGCCAAGCGAAAGGCAAUGGUAAAUCGAAUAGUGUCUAGUGAGAAAACCACUGAAGGGCUAGUGUCAACAACGAAAUUGGGAAAAAACAGUGCGAAAACCACAUGCUAUUUCGCCUUGAAAGUAUUGAAGCGCUUGCUGGAUUGCACCACACUAAACGUAAAAGCAGACCUGCUGAUGGAUCUGCACAAGUCAGUUUUGGAUACACUGCUGGACAUCCAGUCGGGAAAGCCAUCCGAUCUUUACACUGAUCCUCGAUGUCAAGCGAAUCUAUAUGAGAUUCUGGUGGGUUUCUUGCAUCAAAACACUGUUCCAGUCGUGGUUUCGCUACAUACGGCGUUAAACAUUCUGACGAAGGGAUCGAACCAUCAGGACCAUGUUGUUGCUGAUAUUUGCCAGGAGGGGCUUCGAAUUUCGGAAAAGUUGUGCCAGCCUAUCUGUCCUUCUUUAUUCAUGCGGAUGAAUACCGAUUUGGACGACGCGGAGGAGGACGUGGCGGAGAAUCACGCUGCUCACGGUGAAGAAAUGGAAACAUCUCAGGAUCUCAGCGCUAGUAUGGAAGAGGCCUCGAAACCCAGUGAACUUCACAAUGAUUCAGUUGAUCGGAAUUCCACAAGCGAAAGCAUUGCGUACAACGUAAGAUAUACUGAAUCAGAUCGAUCAACGAUUGAUGAUGGGCUUAGUGAAAAGGGAGAACAAACGGAUAACGUAAUGUUCGAAGAAAUGAAUGUCGAUGCCGAAGUCGAAUUCAAGCACGAUGAAGAAAUCUCUCAACACCCUGUAGUAACGGCGCCCAGUGAGGACGGGAACGAGAUUUUAGAAGGCCAGCAGAUUCAGGACGACGAAAUGGAACCCAUUGCAGAAGAACCAGAAAGUGAAUCCAUAGCAAACGUGGAGGAUUCAAUUGAAUCUGAACGUUCUACUCAGCCGGCUGAAGAGCAAAGCUUGAAAACUGACGCUGUAGACGAAGUUGGACCAACACCUGAAAUCAGUACUGAAAGCGAGCAAGCGCAAAUUAUGUCUGCCGAUGCACCUUCGGAAACAAUCCGGGAAGAUCCAAUCGCGACUGCAAAUGCAGCGGCUGUUAUCCAGUCUACUGAAGUUGUAAUAGAAGGUGAUCUUAAAGACCUUUCAGCUGAUGUUGAGGAGGGUCGCAAGCGAAAAACAUCUGAGAAUGAAAAAGCGCUGGAGCCAAUUAAAAAACUUAAAGCGUCAGAAACUGGGGUACAUGAAUCUUCCAUUGAAGGUGGUAAGUGGGAAGACGCGCUCGAUGCCACUUACUUGGAGGAUGAUUCGUUUGUCGAUGAAGUUAGGAAUGAUCAUUAGUACUACUAGGUUAAGUAAGUAUUUGCUUAUGUUUGAAUCGCUCAAGAGCCGUGCUAAAGGCAGGGGUCUUUUCUUGAAAUAAAUGUUAAACAUA